ACACACACAUACAAUCUCGUUGGAAGAUAGUGAGCAGCGAUCUUUUGUACGCCGGAGUAUGAAGCUUCACCUUGUGGAAUAUAAACUGUAAUUCUUCGGAGGCUUUUGAAGAGAUAAAGCUCGUUUGUCCUGCCGCAGCGGAGUCACAGAGCAGAGGACACGGGGGAGAGUCUAUGGCAGAGCACAUGAUGAUGCCCAUGAACCACGGCCAGGGAAACGGGGGUCUGCAUGGCUACCGGAUGGGCAUGAAUGGAGGCCUGCAGGCAGGCCCCCAGCAGCACAUUCCCCAGUCUGGCUUGAGAGCCAUGCCCAAUGGACAGAUGAUGCACUAUGGAGCGGGGCCUCAGGGAAACAUGGAGGCCGCCAUGCGCCAAAGGGCUAACAUGGUGGGGCCUAUGAAUGGACAGAUGGGUCACCACCGAAUGCAGUCAACUAACAUGAUGUUCAACAACCAGGGCCAGCCACAGCAGCAUCACGUUCAGCAGCAUCAACAGCAGCAUCAACAGCACCACCACAUGCAGCAACAACAGCCUCAACCACCACCGCCACAACAACAACAACAACAACAACAACAGCAACAGCAGUAUAUGACCGGGGGUCUCACUUCCCAACAGCUCAUGGCCAGCAUGCACCUUCAGAAACUCAACACACAGUACCACGGGCACCCGUUGGGACACAUGAAUGGCAACCAUAUGGGAAAUGGGGCGCAAUUCCGCAUGGGUCAGGCUCAGCUGAGCAACAUGCAGCACAUGCCCGGCCCAGCUCUCAGUCUUAAUGGUAUGGAUGCUGAUUUGAUCGACGAAGAGGUUUUGACGUCGUUGGUCAUGGAGUUAGGACUGGACCGGGUGCAAGAACUCCCUGAACUCUUCCUCGGACAAAACGAGUUUGACUUCAUAUCGGACUUUGUGAGCAAACAGCAGCCGAGCACCGUUAGCUGCUGAGACAGGACUGUUUGGACGCUUCGAGGCGGGAUUUGAUUAUCAAUAUGGUUAUUUUUGGGACCACCAUCACCAGAACCAGAGGUGGCCAAAUGCCUCUGUUCUCAGAAACGAGUGGUCAAGCUCCUGUCAGGACUACAGUUCUGCUUCUGGCUGGAACGCCAAAAAACAACGUUCCAUGGAUGAAUGUAACAACACUUCAGAACUGUGAACUUGGUGCAAUGUAAAGACACUCAAACAUUUAUUUGUCUUCGAUGCAGUUUUACAUUUAAAAAUGUAUUUAUUUAUUGCUUAUUCAGAUGUAUUAACAUAGAACAAAAAAGCAGCAAUGACCUUAAGAACCUGUGGUUUAUGGGGCAACUGCCAAAAUGGGAUUGCUGAAUUGUUCUCUUUGAUUUAGACCCAAAAAAUGUGUUCAUCGACCCAACAGUAAGUCUAUUGUAUGGUAAAUGUUCAGUAUACCCAAAACCACUGCUUGCUUACAAUAGUCUUGAUACAACUGAUCUGUCUGAGCUUUAGAAUUGCCUUAAAUCAAGUUGCUUUUAUUUAUUUGUUCCCCCAGUUCCCCAACAGUCCAAGAGGGCUCAAAACUAUGUGUGACUUGUAAUAAAGAUGGCCAAGUUUUUAACUUUGGCCUAAUUUUUCAUCAA